ACCAGUGGCAUUUUGUCUGCACUUGGGAACUUACUGGCCCAGAUGAUUAAGAAGUGGAAAAAAGAAGGGUGCUCUCAAAAGCCAGAUGUCAGUGGCCCUGUCAGAUAUGCCAUCUUUGGGUUCUUCUUCACAGGGCCGCUGAGUCACUACUUCUACCUGCUCAUGGAGCGCUGGAUCCCUCCCGAGGUGCCCUUGGCGGCCGUCAAGAGGCUGCUCCUGGAGCGUCUGCUCUUUGCGCCCGCCUUCCUGUGCUUGUUCUUCGUUGUCAUGAACUUCCUGGAGGGCAAGGCCGCCGCCGCCUGCGCCGCCACGAUGAGGAGCCGGUUCUGGCCGGCGCUGCAGAUGAACUGGCGCGUCUGGACCCCGGUGCAGUUUAUUAACGUCAACUACGUCCCUUUGCAGUUCCGGGUGCUUUUUGCCAGCCUGGUGGCUCUGUUCUGGUACACCUACCUGGCCUCCCUGGGGAAGUGAGGAUGGCCUAGAGGGAAUGUCACCUGCUCUACUGACCUGCAUCUGGGGGGAAUGCUCACCUGCUCAGGGUGACAGGUAGAAACAGCCCAGUCAGGACUUUAUCUGACUCCAGAUCAUGUGAUUCAAGAUGCCCUAAAAUGAAGGAUGGAGAAAUAGAAAGCUAAUUCAGAAUCUUGUGCUGAAUUCAGGUGGUGCUGCCCUAGAAACAAUACAGUAAUGAUGAUUUCACUUGUCACCGCGAUUGGAUUAGGGUCACAAUAAAGUAGCUUUUUCGGUGGUGA